GCGGCACAAAGAUGGGUAUCAUGUCUUUGAGGAGAUGCACCCUGCUGAUGUGUGGAUCCCGAGCCUUCGUCCUUCUCCUGGUUUUCUUUAUCUUCAGCUCGUCUCUUCUUUAUUCCAGCUUCUUACAGCAGACAUCCUCUCUGCCUAAAUAUCACCAACAUACUCCUCAGAGGAAUAUCAGCAUCCUGCUGUGGCACUGGCCGUUCGGACGCUCCUUCAGGCUCCGUGGAGACAAGUGUUUGAAGAAUUUCAACAUCAGCCGCUGUUUCCUCUCUGAUAACACCUCCACCUUCUCGUCCGCUGACGUGGUCGUCUUCCAUCACCAUGAGCUGAGCGGAGGUCUCUCCCAGCUUCCUAAGCACAGGGACCGCCUGACCUCCCAACGCUGGGUGUGGCUGUCCAUGGAGCCUCCGGUCAACAACGUGAAUGUCUCACAGCUCAACGGUCUCUUCAACUGGACCAUGAGCUACAGACGGGACGCAGACAUAUAUGUCCCCUAUGGUCAGACCCUGUUAGGAGGCGAUGGACGCAUCGUUACGGUGGCUCCAAAUCGCUCCUGCCUGGUGAGCUGGGUGGUGAGCAGAUACCGGCCUGAGCAGGCUCGGGCUGCCGUCUACCAGAGUCUAAAAGAUUUACUCCCCAUACAGGUGUAUGGCAGGUGGAACAAGAAACCGCUGUCACACAAGAAGCUGCUGCCUACUAUCUCAAAGUGCUUCUUUUACCUUUCUUUUGAGAACUCUGAAGCCGCUGACUACAUCAGCGAGAAGCUCUGGAGGAAUGCUUUCCAAGCAGGAGUCGUGCCGGUGGUCCUUGGCCCCAGCAGGGCCACCUAUGAGGCCCUGGCCCCACCUGGAUCCUUCAUCCAUGUGUCUGAUUUCAGGAGCACAGCAGAUCUGGCUGCUUAUCUGAAACAGGUGGCUGCAGACAGGAAGUUGUAUGAACGGUACUUUCAGUGGCACCGCACUCACAGAGUAAAAACCUACACAAACUGGAUAGAACGGCUCUGCCAAAUCUGUGUUCAGUACCCCCAAUUACCAAAAAACAAAGUCUAUGAUGACCUGGAGGCCUGGGUUCACAGAUAA